AUGUCUGAUACUUCGAAAAUAAUUUCAUUUUUACAAAAUACACCUAAUCUACAUCGUUUGAAUAUUACUUUAUGGUCGAAAUUUAUUAAUGGUCAUCAAUGGGAACGUGUCAUUUGUAACUAUUUACCAAAAUUGAAAGUAUUUCAACUUCGAAUGAAUGAUACAUUUUAUAAUGUUAAUAUAGAAGAACAAGCAAAUGAAUUCGUUAACUCAUUUCGAAGUUCAUUUUGGAUUGAUGAACAUAAUUGGUUUAUUCGAUGUAUUACAUCAGACAAUACAAUUCAUCUUUAUACUUUAUCAGAAUUAUUCAAUUAUUAUGAAUUAAAACAUCCUGAUUUGUUACAAUCGACAUAUCUGCAUGAUAAUCAACAAGAGUUUUAUAAUAACAUAACUUCGAUCAUGUUCGAUUAUUUUUUUAAUUCAUCAAUUCCAUCCAAUAUAAGUUUACCAAACAUUCAAGAACUUGAUAUAAAAUUUCCUAUCAAUAAUCAAUUUUGGUCUAUAGUUCCAAAUUUAAAACGACUCCAUUCACUUAAAAUAUUAUCUUGUACUGAUGAGUUUUAUUCUCAAUUACAAUUUUUACUUGAUCAAGCACAUCAUCUUUCUAGAUUAGCUGCUCAUCAAGAUCUUUCAUUGCCAUUUCAAUUAUCAUUAUUCAAAUUAAUAAAUAAAAUAGUUCGUAUUCUGAAUUUAAAUAAUUAUUAUUGUUUUAAUGAAGAAAAAUGUGUUACAUUGAAUUCUUCAUUAUUGGGUAUCCAAUGUCAAAUACUUUAUGUUCGAAUUGAAUAUCUUGAAAGUGUUAUUAUUAUUUGUAAAAAUAUGAUCAAUCUCCGAGUAUUAUAUGUUAAAUGUACAGAUGGAAAAAAUACCGUAUACUUGCCAAAACCAAAGGAGAAUGAUCAAUUUUUCAAUGUGAAACAGAUAAACAUAGAUGAAGUUAUUAAAUGGUUAAAAGAUCGUUUACCAUCAACGUAUUUGAUCGUAGAAGAUCCAAAUUGGUCCUAUCAUCUUCAAAUAUGGAUCAAAUAA